UUUACCUGUUGUCUCCAUGAAUAAAUAAAUAAAUUGUUGCAGGGAUGCAGUAUUUGGCUGGGCAGAAGAGAGUGCACCGCGACCUGGCAGCUCGCAACAUCCUGUUGGCUUCGCGAAACCAGGCCAAGGUCAGCGACUUCGGACUGUCGCGCCGCUGCGGCGACCGUGACUACUACACCGCAUCGCAGGGCGGACGCUGGCCUAUCAAGUGGUAUGCGCCAGAAUCCUAUAAUCUGGCUAGGUUCACUUCAGCUAGCGAUGUUUGGAGUUACGGGGUUACACUGUGGGAAAUGUUUUCCUAUGGAAAGCAGCCCCUAUGGUGAAAUGCGUGGCCAAGAUGCAAUCGAUCUUGUUGAGAAAGGAGAACGACUAGAGAGGCCCCAGAACUGUCCAGUCGAUGUUUACCAAACCAUGGAAAGGUGCUGGCACUAUCACGAAAGGGACAGGCCAACAUUCGAUCAAUUGGUUGAAACGUUCACUGACACAACCUACAUCAAUGUACACCAACUAGUCACUGAAAAGGAUAUCAGCUGAUACUGUCCCUCCUCACUAUUCAUUCAUUCGUCUUCCAAAUGUAUUACUCACUAUGAGAAUCCAUUCUCAUUAUUCAUCUUCAGCAUUCAUUCUACUGUGAUUGUUUCUCUACUCUCCACAUCAUCAUUACUGUUUUGUGACUCUCUUAUCAUUUCAAUAAGCUCUCGCUCAAAAGUUUAUUAGAAACGGAAAUAAUUUUGUUAGAGAGUAACAAGGUCUUUGAUAAGCAUUCAAAUUCUAAUAUGGAUUAUUAUUUGAAAGAAGCUGAAAGAAUUGGUAAGCUGUAAUCUCUCCUCCACUUAUCUCAAAAUGCGUGAAUCUAGAAGACCAGGUGUGACCGUAUAUUAGGUCGAUCACUAUCGGAUUAAGCUUUGCUGAGAUUAAUCAAAGACACAAUUAGCUUCCUCUAAUCUACAUUUCUUCAACAAUGUGUGUUUCAAUAGCCUUAUUCUUCGUUAAUCUAAGAAAUUAUUUCUCACAUUUUGUCAGAAAUAGGGCUUUUUAAUGUAUGGUGUUAUUCGUUUUCACCCUAUUUUAGUUAUGGAUGCUUUAUCGAGCUACGUUACACCUUAGUAGAUGUACAUCUUUAUUCUUCUGCAUAUCUAUUGGUAAAAGUAACAUAGUUAAAUUUCAACAAAAUCAAACUAUUAUUUUGCAACUCCAUAACUCUGAAGAAGUAAAGAAGUCAUGUAUGUAAAGAAUCUUACUAUCAAUAUAUUGCAAAAUUCUUAUUGUCGCUCUUUCUCUGAUAUUGAGGCGCGUUUGCCCUAGCUGCGUUGCAACGCACAUAUCUGCUUCAGCGCAGGUUAACACUAUUCAGUUUAUAGUCGAUCAACUUCCACAACGCAGAACUACUCUGCAUCACAACGUAGGAAAACGAACUUUUCAACGUUAUCCUGAGAUUAAGAUUUUAUAACUUUUUUUUCAUUGACUGAGAGUACUUUUGGUAUUUAUGAAUUAUCAUUAUUUAAUCCGUGCCAUAGUAUAAAAGCUAUAAUACUCUUCAAAAAUAAUUUUUGAUGAGUAGGCUAUUUAUAGGUUUUUAUUGUUUAUAAAACUAUAACUGCAAUAAAUUUCAAACUUGGAGUCCAUUGGGACAACUUUGGAAUUUGUCAAUUAUUUCUCUACGUUGUUUAAUUUUGAUUUACUGCAUUUCACAAGUCUUCCAUCCUCAAAUCUAUCUCGAGCAUAUCCUGUAGUGUGAUUAUCAUUUGUGAUUAUUUAGUAGUUUAGCAUCAAUUGAAUAUAUUAUUAUCAUUGUUGUAUUUUUAUAAUCUAUUGAAAUGAAUAUUAUACAGAUAUUUUAUGAAACUUUUUCUUCAUGUGAAUUCUAUUAAAAAUGUUGAUUGAAAGUU